UCCGAGGGAGUAAGUUUAGUUUCAUCUUCACCAGAGCCUCUUUGUGCAGGGGGAGCUUCGAAGUCUGCACUGACCAAGGCUGCUCACCAGAAGAGCACCUGGGAAUGGCUGCCCCAACCGUUGUGACAAUCCAGCCACAGUAUGGCGGGGCCAUGUCCUCUGUCUCGAGAUGCACGUGGCAGACAGGCCUGAUGGACUGCUGCUCCGACUGUGGUGUCUGCUGCUGCGGGACAUUCUGCUUCCCAUGCCUGGCUUGCCAACUGGCUGGGGACAUGAAUGAGUGCUGCCUGUGUGGGACCAGUGUGGCCAUGAGGACCCUGUACCGCACCAGAUACAACAUCCCGGGGUCCAUUUGCUCUGACUACUGCAUCACCCUGUGGUGCACUGUGUGCUCUGUUUGCCAAAUGAAGAGAGAUGUCAACCGCAGGAGGGAGCUUGGCAUAUUCUGCAGCCUGAGCAAGAUGCCCACUUCAGAAAUACCUGCAGCAUCUGCCUCUGAUGGCUUUUCUUUCCAGACCACAAACUGCCUGGAGGGACCUGAACCUGUGCUGGCAAUGGCCUCUCAAACUGUGAUUACAGUCCAACCCCAGUUUUCAGCUGCCCGACAGCCAGGGGAGUGGCAAACAGGACUGCUGGACUGCUGCUCCGACUGCGGCAUAUGUCUUUGUGGGAUGUUCUUCUUCUUCUGCCUGAACUGCCAAGUGGCUGGGGACAUGGACGAGUGCUGCCUGUGCGGCUCUAGUGUGGCCAUGAGGACCCUCUACCGCACCAAAUACAACAUCCCAGGCUCCAUCCUGAGCGACUUUUGCGCCAUCUGGUGUUGCAGCCCGUGUGCACUCUGCCAGCUGAAGAGAGACAUCAACCGGAGGAGGGCAAUGGGCAUAUUCUGGUAA